CGUCCCCGCUGCCUCCUCGCUCCUCCCGCUUCCCCGCGCCCCCCCCCGCGCUCCCGUGCGCGCGCACCCGCUUGCCUGCUUCCAGCCGCCGCAGCUGCCCGCGCCAUGGCGAUCUGCUUCUGGCUGCGGAGCUGCGGAGCCCCGCGCCUCCGGCCACCUCCUCCCAGCCGCCUCCUCUGCCCCCGCGCUGGCGGCUCGGGGCCCGCCUCGGGGACCGCGCCCAGCCCGGCUCAGCUCCGCUGCUACGCCGGGGGCCCGGCGGGCCUGUCCGCGGCGCUGCUGCGCACCGACAGCUUCGUGGGCGGCCGCUGGCUCCCGGCCGCCGCCACUUUCCCGGUGCACGACCCGGCCAGCGGCGCCGCGCUGGGCAUGGUGGCCGAUUGCGGGGUGCCAGAGGCCCGCGCCGCCGUGCGCGCCGCCUACGAGGCUUUCUGCAGCUGGAGGGCGGUCUCGGCCAAGGAAAGGAGUUCAUUACUGAGGAAAUGGUAUGAGUUAAUGAUACAAAAUAAGGAUGACCUUGCCAAGAUAAUCACAGCUGAAAAUGGAAAGCCACUGAAGGAAGCACAGUCAGAAAUUCUCUAUUCCGCCCUUUUCCUAGAGUGGUUUUCAGAGGAAGCGCGCCGCAUUUACGGAGACAUUAUCUAUACCUCGGCAAAGGACAAGCGGGCCCUGGUCCUCAAGCAGCCUAUAGGUGUGGCUGCGAUCAUUACCCCGUGGAAUUUCCCCAGCGCCAUGAUCACCCGGAAGGUAGGGGCCGCCCUGGCAGCCGGCUGCACCGUGGUCGUCAAACCUGCAGAAGACACGCCCUGCUCGGCCCUGGCCCUGGCCGAGCUCGCAAACCAGGCCGGAAUUCCUCCAGGUGUAUACAAUGUUAUUCCCUGCUCUCGAAAGAAAGCCAAGGAAGUUGGAGAAGCACUUUGUACUGAUCCUCUGGUGCCCAAAAUUUCCUUUACUGGCUCAACAGCUACAGGAAAGAUCCUGUUGCACCAUGCGGCAAACUCUGUGAAAAAGGUCUCCCUGGAGCUGGGUGGUCUUGCUCCAUUCAUAGUGUUUGACAGUGCCAACGUGGACCAGGCUGUAGCAGGGGCCAUGGCAUCUAAAUUUAGGAACUCUGGGCAGACGUGUGUUUGUGCAAACCGAUUCUUGGUGCAAAGGGGUAUCCAUGAUUCCUUUGUAAAAGAAUUUGCUGCAGCAAUGAAGAAGAGCCUGCGUGUGGGUAAUGGAUUUGAGGAGGGAACUACUCAAGGCCCAUUAAUUAAUGAAAAGGCAGUAGAAAAGGUGGAGAAACACGUGAGUGACGCAGUUUCCAAAGGGGCCACGGUUGUGACAGGCGGAAAGCGACACCAACUUGGAAAAAAUUUCUUUGAGCCCACCCUGCUCAGCAAUGUCACCCAGGACAUGCUUUGCUCUCAUGAGGAGACUUUUGGGCCUCUGGCACCAGUGAUCAAAUUCGAUACAGAGGAGGAGGCUGUCGCCAUCGCUAAUGCAACUGACGUUGGGUUAGCAGGUUAUUUUUACUCUCAAGACCCAGCCCAGAUCUGGAGAGUGGCCGAGCAGCUGGAAGUUGGCAUGGUUGGCGUCAACGAAGGAUUGAUUUCCUCGGUGGAGUGCCCUUUUGGUGGAGUGAAGCAGUCUGGCCUUGGGCGAGAGGGGUCCAAGUAUGGCAUCGAUGAGUAUCUGGAACUCAAGUAUGUGUGUUUCGGAGGCUUAUAGGAUUCUCCAGUUCCUUAAAGAGAUGAAAAACAGGAGGCUUACCGACAUAUAUGAGGACAUGCUAUUCGUUAUUUUAAAUAGACUAAUAGGUUAUUGGAAUUGUGAAUUUUUCAGAACUCAUCCAGUCCCCAUAAUCCUACCCCACCCCUCACCUAACUAGGGACCACCUAACUACAUGCCUGUGGCUGUGGGUUCCAGGAGAGCUGGCACUGGGUUUACAGAAUGAAUCCCUUGGCACGCACAGUCCUGGCUGCCUCGGAGCAAAGCACACUGAGGCAGGCCGGGCCCUUUGCACCAUCACAAACUCUCAGUCACUGCCUGGCCAGUGGCACAACCAUCCCCCACGUGGCUGUGGAAUGAGGGCCCAGAGCACUUCACAGGUGACCCCUGACUGUGACUGACAGGCAGCUCGAGGGUCACAGCACCCCCUUCCCUGGCAUCUGCCAGCUCAGGACUGAAGACACUGUGUAUUCAGAGGUUGAAUUAAUGACUUUUUUCCAAAGACUUUUGAAAUAGCACAGAACUGCCUGUGCUUCUGUGAGGAAUGAAGGUGCACCUCUUCAGCUGUUUUUGGACCAUUUCUUAAAGUGAAGUCUUCACUAUCCUAAACUUACCCCUUAAAAGGUUAUAUUUUCAUUUCUGUCCUACUCACCACUUCAUUUUGUUUCCUUUAGGAGAUGAGCUGAAAUUAAAGGAAAAACUAGCAGAGGCAGCUCGGUAGGAUGGAAGGCUGGCCUGGCUUGGCCUGGCUCCCUCAGUGGGUGGCCUUGUGCCGUGGACAUGCAUUUAGCACCUCCCAGCCCAGGGUCCUGUGCAGAGCGGAGGUUCUGUGCAGGCCUUACUUAGCUUGAUGGGAUAUUGUGAGCCUGACAGAAAGUGAAACUACUUUGCAAAGAAAUGCCAAUUCGGAGUAAGCGCAGGAGCCAUCCUCAUGAGCAGCCCCACUCAGCCUUCCCUUGUGCACUGGUAGCAGCUUUGCCAAAGUGAGGGGAGGCCCUGCCCGUCUGCCCACCCUGCUGGCCUGAGGGAGUGGCUGCCACAUGCAGCCUGCUCUUGCUGUCCUGCUGUAGUGCUGCUCCUUCCCCUGCAAAUGAGCAAAAGCACUUUCACUACAGUCCUCUCCAAAGGGAAAAAGAUUUCCAUAAUUGCCAAUUCACCUUGUGGAAGAGACUUGAGACCUUGAAUUUCAGGCACCUUUUAUCUAACAAAUUUUUACAGUUUAUCAUUCAAAUAACACAAAAAACAAACAACUCCUCUGACUGGUGUUGCCUCUCACUUUGAAAGAAGAACUCCAAUUAAGAAAAUUCUAGGCUCUUCUAGACAGGCCUCCCAUGCACAUAGGAAUAAAGGCUGUCCCGGGCCAAAUAGGUGGAAAUGAAGCGCCUUCCUCUCCCCGCCUCUCUGUGUGUAGACUCCACUCACAUUCUGUGGGUACAACCGGUAGUGGAAGGAAAAUAUGGAUGACAAUAGUGCUGGGUGCAAUUACUCCUGAACCACCCAGGACUUAGCAUCCCCCACUGAGCCACUAGGGAACCAUGGUGAGUAACUAACAGUCUGGAAGGUCCCUGUGUGCACAAGGGUGGCCUCCAGUCCUGGGGCUUCCUCGCCUCUGGCCUGGAUUAUACCAGCCGGACCCCAAACCCCUCAAGAGAAGAAAGAGCUAAAAUCUGCCUCCUGGUGACAGUGCCCAGGCCCUGUCAAGAGUCACAUACUGAGCAUUUUGACAGUUAAUUUCUACUCUUUAGUUGUAUAGUUUUUAGGUGGUUUAUAUAACAUUUGAAUUACUUAAGGUUUAGGUAUACACAUCUUUUUUCUAUUAAGAAUACAAAUGCUCCCACAUUAUUUUUUGGAACCCUGAAUUACUGAUGCUGAGAUGUGUGGAGGAAUACUUUCAGAUACAUUUUUAACUUCAUAAGCCAAUGGAUUCCUUGGCUGGGUGGCAAAUUUUGAGUUUUCUUGCAUAGUUGGCUCACUAGGUACCUAAAUUGAGGGCCAGAGACUCAUUGUAAUAAUCUUGGUCAAUUUUUCAAUUAAAAUUAUUUAAAAAGGAAACAGAUAUUGUUUAGUAAAAUGGUUCUGGGUUGCAUGAAGAAAGACAGGUGUUUUUAAUUGAACAUUUUUUGUUGUUAUUUUUUAAUAAGGUAAUCAUAUAUGAAGAUGAGCUUUUUCAAAAAAAGUAUAUUUUACAACAGGAAAUAGAAAAGGAACAUUAGACCAGGGUUUGGUAAAUCUGGCCUGCCACCUGUUUUUGUAGAACCCAUGAGCUGAGAAUGGUUUUUAUAUUUUUUAAUGGUUGGGGCAAAAAUCAAGAGAAGAACAAUAUUUCAUGACACGUGAAUAUUAUAUGAAAUUAAAAUUUCAGUGUCCAUAAAUAAUAUUGCAACAUAGCACACCCACUCAUUUAUGACAUGGUCAGUGACUGCUUUCUUGGCAAAGUGGAAUAGUUGGGACACAGACAGUAUAGCCUGCAAAUCCUAAAAUAUUUAUGAUUUGGCUCCUUAAGGAAAAAGUUUGCCAGCCCCUGAUCUAGACCAAAAGGGAGAUAUUGACCUUCCCAUGUUUGUCAGGCAUUAUUUCAUUUUAUUUAACACCCCCUGUGAAGAAAUUACUUUGCUAGGCAUUGCUACCGUGAGCUCUCAGCAGGAACGUGGCAGCAAUUAUAACUCAAAUGAAAUUACCCAGAUAACGAGAGUCUACUGGCCUUGAAAAAAAUACUUCUCCAUUUACAUCCUUCAGCUACACAGGGAUUCUCAUUUAAAGAGCUGAUCUGCAUCUGUUAUUGUCAUCCGUUUGAGUGGCUUUUAAAUAGGAUUUUAUGUCAAGUGAUGUCUCCUUCCCAUGUCUGCCUUUGUGCUUAACGGAGAGACUCAGUGAAAAUAAAGCUCAGAAGCAAAUGUAAACAAAUCUAUGUUAUUGUUAACUUCAAUUAUGAACUUGAAACUGUGCCACGUGAUGUUUUUUCUCUGAAGACUGGAUCCCAGUGUUUUAAUUACCCAUGUGCAGCUAUCUUAAAUAGCUUUUUACUUGAAUAAUAUUUAUGCUGUGAUUGUUUCAUGCUGUACUUUGUGGGAUAAAACUUGGGAAUAAGAGUAGUGAGAAAUGUGUGAAUGUUUUGCUUUUUAAACGUGGACAUGGCUCAUUUUUCUAGUUUUUGACAAUUGUGUGUUUCAGUUUCUAGUCAGCAGAUAGAGCUGUGUGUGUGAUUAAUAAAUGUUGAAUUAACA